AAAAAAAAAAUCUGCAUUUUGUUUGUUUGCAAUCUAACUUGUCUUCUAAAAAAUGAAUCUCAAGUUCAUAGCAAAAAAAAGUGAUGAGGCGGAGUUUGAAAUUGCAGUCGGCGAAGGAGGUUAGCAUUUCGUGCUCUUUUUCUGGUGCAGAAACCAGAUGUAGUUGAGUCAUGGGAGAGAAUAAAUAGGGAAAGCAACCUAGAGGAGUUCCGAUCGAAAAUUCACCAAUAUUAGCGUAAUGGUGCAGCGGAUUCCUCAACAAUCAACUAAAUAAGCAUUUUAGCAUUAGAAAAGCAGUCAUCAGUUGUUUCUCUCCAGAUUUGCCCUUCUUUCACAGUUGCACAGAAAUAUUGCAUAGAAACAAGAGAAGAUGCCUGCACAGAAGAUUGAAACCGGUCAUAAUGACACUGUUCAUGAUGUUUCUAUGGACUAUUACCGAAAGCGAAUGGCAACAGCAUCAUCUGACAAUACCAUAAAAAUCGUUGGUGUAGGCGACAACUCUGCUUCACAGCACCUUGCCUCUCUGAGUGGUCAUAGUGGUCCUGUUUGGCAGGUUGCUUGGGCGCAUCCCAAAUUUGGGUCGAUCCUUGCUUCCUGCUCCUAUGACGGUAAAGUCAUAAUCUGGAAGGAAGGAAAUCAAAAUGAGUGGACACAAGCUCAUGUUUUUAGUGACCACAAAUCAUCCGUUAACUCUAUUUCGUGGGCCCCUCAUGAACUUGGGCUUUGUUUAGCCUGUGCUUCUUCUGAUGGUAAUAUAUCAGUUCACAAUGCUAGGUCAGAUGGUGGUUGGGACACCAAAAAAAUAGACCAAGCUCAUCCGGUCGGGGUAACAUCUGUUUCAUGGGCGCCAUCAAUGUCUCCUGGUGCUAUAGUAGGCUCAGGUGUGCUUGAACCUGUUCAGAAGCUAGCAUCUGGCGGCUGUGAUAACACUGUGAAGGUUUGGAAGUUAUAUAAUGGCAUAUGGAAGAUGGAUUGCUUCCCAGCACUUCAGAUGCAUAGUAAUUGGGUGAGGGAUGUAGCCUGGGCGCCGAACUUGGGGCUUCCAAAGUCAACAAUGGCUAGUGCUUCAGAAGAUGGUACAGUUGUCAUAUGGACCAUGGCAAAAGAGGGAAAUCAGUGGGACGGGAAGGUUCUUAAAGACUUUCAAAAUCCUGUUUGGAGGGUUUCAUGGUCUCUAACUGGAAACUUGUUGGCAGUGGCUGCUGGUGAUAACAAUGUCACAUUGUGGAAAGAAGCAAUUGAUGGGGAGUGGCAAGAGGUCUCCACUGUUGACCAAUAGAAUUAAAGUUCUGUUUUAUUCCAAAUCUUUCUCCCUGGGUCGAGUGAUGGUUAAUUUUUUAUGUUUCAGGACUCAUUAUUCUCUACCUUGAUCCUUUUCGUUGUAAUUGAUAUAUAUGAUCAGUGUACUAGAGCUAGGAAGUUGCAAAAAUUAGUAAUUCAUAGACCUUAUUCUUUUUCCCUUUUUGGGACCUGAGCUGUAUGGCCGUUCAUUAUAUUGCAUUUUGACCCUAUCUUGUCGAGUAAUUUUAUUUUUAUGA